AUGGACUACGAUCCGGCUCUCCAGCAGCUGAAUCUGGAAGCUGACGACCCCAGUCCCCUGAGAUCGAAGUUCAAGUCUGAGUCGGUGAGCAGCUCGUUCAAACACCUCCCCUCCGCCCAGUCAAUGGCAUCACCCACCACAAACUACUCGGCUCGUCCUUCCUCCUCAGAAAGCGGCUCCUCGAUGGACCUUGUGGGCAGCGCAAAACCCAAUGGGCUCGACAAAUCGUUCCACGGACUCAGUCUGACCAGACAGUCCGCCACCGCAUCCAGCAUCUGGUCUGCAAACACGAGUCCUGCCGGCUCGAACGUGUGGAAUAGUUCCGUCUCGCAGCGACAGUCGCCCAAAACCAUCCCACACGAGGCCCGCACGCUGUCUGAGGGCGCCCGAAAAGACCACCGAGCCGACGACUACGCCACGUCGCCGCUGCAGUAUGGCCACUCUAUCCCGGAAGAUUCUAAUAAUAACCUGUGGAACGACCUCAGCAACGAAAUAUCCACCGCCGUCAACUCGCCAGAACUGCUGGGCCUCAAUCCGCCCGAGCCACGCCAGCUAUCGCUCAACGGCUCUUCGCAGCAGUGGGAUCCGCUCUCACAGUCCACAGGGUCACUGGUUUCCCCAGGAUUUUGGGCCAGUACAGGCUCUCUCGACGACACGCCCUUGUCGCACCGCAUGUCGCGGUUUUUCCCGAGUCCCGCGGUGGAGUCCCGCAAAGACUCGAACGGAGCCGUCCUAGGGGAGCGGAGAUCGCACUCUACCGGGUUCCCUGCCUCGCCGCUCACACUGAGCCUAUUUGCUCCGGAAAACGCAAAAACGUCUGGCGGGUCCCUGUACGGGCCGGUCUCAAGCAUGGCCACCCCACUAGGGGGAACAACGCCUCUGAGUGCCAGCAGGAACUCCAGCUACGUGGACCAGCUUUUCGACGGCUUUUCCUUGGGGACGCUCCAGACCUCAUCAAAUGAUAUCAAAAAGCUAAAAACACUCGGCAAAGACGAGCCGGCCACAGAGCUGGUCGUCCGCAGAAUUGACGAGGACGCUCUGAUUUCAUCCAUCGCCGAGGAGGUGUCGCUGCCUCCGCGGUUUCCAAAACAGACAUUCAACAAACAGGACUCACAUUCGAAAGUCAUCAAAUACAUCAAGACAAUCAUCACCAGGCAACCUACACAGUACAUGGUCUAUGUUGCCUCGCUUCCCUUCGACACGCCACAUUCGCAAUGUCUUGCGCUAAUUCACCAGGCUUUCAAGGACUAUGGCGAGAUCACGCAUCUGAUCAAGGACACAAACGCGAAAUCGUCCAAGAUCCAGCCCGAAAACGACCUAUUUAUUCGGUUCAAAAUCGUGGCCAAGCUGUUCAACGAGCAGAAGCUACCGUACAAAUCGCACAGAUUCUCAAACGAGUCCACGGGCAGGGACUCGAAAAUGCUGCUGUUCUUCGACUGCCCCAGCUCGUCGCCACAGGGCGACCUCGGCGGCUCGUCCAGCACAGCAAAAAGACAGGAAAUCUCCACAUACCCAGAAGGAUUCUCGUCGACUUUCCACCGUCGGGGAGUCAACAACUUUAUGUUUGUGCGUGAACUACAAAGCAAAAUGAUCACCAGCAAGGGCCGCGGCACACGAAACUUCCAGGAGACGGCAGAGUUCCGCGUUUCUCUUCCUAUCGAGGAGCUCGAUCUCAAGAUGGGCGAGUCAGACGCAGAGCGAUACGACGACGACUACAGGAGACCAAAAAGGUCGUACGUGGUCAAUAUCGAUCUGCGCGAGCUGGAGAACAAGCCGGCCCCAAAGGAGGGCAGGAAGUACUCGCGGUCGGGCCGGUCGCGGGAAAAAAGUGCCACCUAA